AUGAUCCAUCGAAAACUUGAACUGCCACCGUGGAAUGAGAUGCUUCGAGUCAUACCGUUCUUCUAACUUCCCUUUCACAAACAUGUAUUGGUCGUAUGCGAGCUAUGAUUGUUUGGCCUGCCCCAGUUGUAAUGUUGAAAACGGAAGGACAACAGUGGAGCCCGCGGUGUGCAUGUGAUCGCCAGGCAGAACAAGGAUUCAGAAUUGCAGUAAGACACAGAUUAGACAAUGAAACUUGCUUCCUUACCAAUAGGUCCUCCCCGACUCUCCGACUCUGAGUACCAGUCAACUGUAACACACGACACCCAUUCCAUAUUCAAUCUCUUCUCUAAUAGAAACCUAGAUCUGAUAGUUGGAGAGGACGGCCAAAGCUCUUCCUAACACAUUGACCGUCCGCAUUAGUUCUUGUUCUUUCUUCUAGGAUGGUUGGGCCUUCCAAACGGCCUAUCGACGAUGUCGCGUCAGAUGGUUCAUCUGGUAGACCUAGCAAGCGCAUUCGAUCUGAGCACGCAGAUGAUGUAUCGUCAUCAAGCGUCCCGCCUAGGAUCUCCGAUAUCUCUGCCGUUAGGCCUCCAAAACGACCUGUAGAUGAUUUAGAAGCAGACACAUCUUUGUACGUGUUUCUCGAACCUAACAAGAAGAUUCGUCUAGCAACCUCAGUCGACUCCACUAGUAAACAACUGGGUAACAAGCAAUCAGACAAUACUUCUGCCAUUGGACACCUGGAACCGGAACCGCUUGUUGAAGGCGACAAGCCUAGUGAUUCGCCCGCUGGUUUUGGUGAUUCUAGUGGAACUGCCAACCACGUUCAGUCAGGGGAAACUACUCCCUCAGAUCAAUUGAAGACAAACACACAUAAAGCUUUGCUGCUUCCAGUAGAGCUGCACGACAUGAUUCUGCAACACCUAUGGGACUCAGAUCUAACGUGCAAUUGGCGUCGUACUCUGCGUAGUUGUGCCCAUGCAUGCUCGAGAUGGCGCGCUGCUGCGCUACCCCAUGUCUUUCGUGUUGUCGCCUGUGGCAGAACUCGCCUCAAAAGGCUUUCGGCGCUCAUCCAUGCCAAUCCCGACAUCGCAACAUGGAUACGCAGAAUUCGCUUCUAUGGGAGAUCUCUACCGUACCAGGAUGAGUGGCUGAAACUCCUUAUGAACGUCGUUGAAGACCGGGAACGUUGGAUAUACCAGUUCCCCUCAACGUUUGGAGUUCCUCUGCCAAACCUCAGAGUCUUUGAGCUCUUCGGCUUCGCUCGGCUCAGUCCGCGGCAUGAAGAUCUAGAGGCUUUCGCGCGCUGGAUUCCUCAGUUAGCGAAGCUGGAAUCUGUCGAAGAAUUCAAUUUACUUCGCGGUCAAAUGUGCUCCAACAGCAUGACUGCCAUCGUUCGUGCUUUCCCAAAUCUGGUCAGAGUCGACCUUGGUCUGGUCGAUUUCACUGCCCCAAACUUCGCGGUCCUAAGGAAUGAGUCAGUUGCAAAUGGAGAUGACGGCGAGGAUUCAACAACCCCAUGCACUCUAGCUACCACAGACGCUGUCAAAGCUGUUGAGCCUUCCACACCGGUGCCCGCAGUUGCAGUGGAAGCUGGAGUGUUAGAUGCUCUACCCGACAAUACAGAAGACCCACAUUCUUCUCACGAAGAUUCUAAGCAACCGGUGCAGUUUCCCCUAUUUCAUCCGCCGCCCUUGCUGCAAUCUUUCUCGAUCGAGAACACAAGGACGGAAUAUCCACAGUUCGACCUCACGCUUUUACGCGAUUGGCUUUGUCCCAAAUCCCUCAAUCGAAGCCUCAAGUCGUUGAAGAUCAGUGUCAACAUUGAUGACCGGACUCUCGCCAAACUUAUAUCUGACCUUGGCGCUUCCCCUGCAUUGGAAUCUCUGAGUAUAUUUACAGGGGAUGGCAUCGAUUAUCUCAUCGAAUGUCGACUGGACCUCUCUACGCUUUCCAAUCUCACAGAUAUUUGCCUCCACGCCCACGAGUUACUGCUUCAGGAUGAUCACGUCGAAGGGAUGCGCUAUGUUCUGUCGCAGCUCAAUGCACGUCGCUUACGAAGACUUUCCAUUGUCAUUGGUUUCCCUGAUGGCUUUGACAGCCUCGCGGGAACGGAUGCUUACAUUGCUGAGAGGUUUGAGGAUCUGGACCAGUUUAUUAUCGAGGUUUAUGAAGAUGACUUUCGGGUAUUAGAAAAAGUGCGGAAAGAGGUGGAGGAGAUGUUCCCGCUGAUGAUGAAACGAGGCAUUCUGCGGGUCGAUUCUUGGGAUGUACCUUAUCUCUAUUAGGCCUUGUUCUUUCUUCGUGCAUACUGCAGCUGUUGUAUGGUGCACAUUUCGUUAAGGUCCAGUGCCACUAUGAAAAGUCUGCGAAACUACCCAUCUGCUCU